GUGGCAAGUCCUUCACGGCCAUCUUCACCUGAUCUUCCGCCAUMUUGUCUUUAAUCCAUAAGAUUUCUUCUUUUUACCAUUUUAAACUUCUUUAAAACAUGUCAGACUUGGUAGAUAGCGAGGCAGAGGAGUCUUUAGAUGAGUCUCUGUCCAGUGAAGAAGAAGAAGAAGAGGAGCAUAACGAGGGCAGGAGUUUGAGUGGUAAUUUGGCAGAUUUGAUCAAUGACGAAGAAGAGGAAAGUGCAGCGAGUGAAGAUGAAAAAAGCGAGUCCGCCAAAAGCGACGAUGAAGACGACGGCGAGAGCUCACUUAAAAGAAAAAGAAGCAAAGAUGAAGAAUUGGACGAAGAGGAUUUAGAUUUGAUUCAAGAAAAUCUUGGAAUACGUCUUCCCAAGAAAAAGUUCCAUCGUCUAAAAAAAGUAAAAGCAUUUGAUUCUGAUGAAGAUGAAGAGGCUGAGAGUGCAGAGCCUAUUCGUGAAAGACAGUUUAUUGAACAUCAGCUGUUUGAGCUUGGGGACAGAGAAGAGGGUGAUGAAGGGGUGGCUACUCCAGAACCAGCUCCCCCACCUAUUGACUCUACAUAUGCAGACAUAGAUGAGUCAGAAUCUGAGGAAGAUGAGUUUGAUAACUUUAUUGUUGAUGAUGAAGGCAAACCCAUUAAACAUCACCACCAAAAGAGAAAGGUCAUGGUUGGCGGGCAUCAUGAUUCAGCACUACAAGAAGCACAAGAUACUUUUGGAUUGGCCUUUGAUUUUGAUGAGUUUGAAAAGUUUGGUCAUGAUGACUUUGAUGAAGAUGAAGAAGACUAUGAGGAGGAAGACGAUGAGAGAGUUGCUCUCAAGAAAGCAAGACGAAAGGCUUCCAAGAAGUCUAUUUAUGAAGUGUUUGAGCCAAGUGAACUGGAAAAAGGCAUGUUGACUGAUAAAGAUGCAGAAAUCAAAACAUCAGACAUUCCUGAAAGGUUUCAGGUUCGAGAUGUACCAGUUGAGCAAGCUGAAGAACAAGAGCUAGAGGAAGAAGCAGAAUGGAUUUUUAAAUAUGCAUUUCUUGAGCAACCAAUAUCUCAUCAAGAUGUGGAUGAGCAAGGCAUUCCCAGCAUUGACACAAAACAAACUAAACCACAUUCUACYAUURGCAAGAUACAAGAAGCUCUUAAUCUYAUGAGAAACCAGCUGUUUGAGGUUCCUUUCAUAGCAAAUUACAGGAAAGAAUACAUUGAACCAGAGCUGAAUACAGAAGACUUAUGGAAAAUUUGGGAAUUUGAUGAAAAGUGGACUCAAUUGCGCACAAGAAAGCAGAAUUUACACAGACUAUUUGAACAAAUGCAAGACUAUCAGUUCAGUAAAGUAGAGAGUGAACGUGAACAGCCAUUAAGUGAAGARACUAGGAUACUGCAGCCAGAAGACAUUGAUAGGCUYGAUGCUGUUCAAACCAUUGAUCAACUGAAGGAUGUAUACAGUCACUUCAUGUUGUAUUAUGGGAAUGAUAUACCCACCAUGCAAGAGGAACAAAGAAAGAAAGCUUUAGAAGAAAAGAGUGCCAGGGAGGGUGCAGARGCUGAAGAAAAGGAUGAUUUACCUAAGGUGGAACCACCUAAGCUCAAGAAACCAAGGAAAAGAGAUUUGUAUACCAUUUGCCAUGAAGCAGGACUUUCUGGGUUGGCUAAAAAGUUUGGUCUGACACCUGAUCAGUUUGGUGAGAACCUGAGAGAUAACUACCAGCGUCAUGAGACAGAACAACACCCAAUGGAUCCAGGUGAAGCAGCAGAAAGUUACCUUAACAGUUUGUUCCCAACUACAGAUCAAGUGUUAGAGGGUGCACGGCAUAUGGUUGCUAUGCAGAUAGCUAAGGAUCCUCUCGUAAGACAGUGUGUACGAGAAGUUUAUGGUGAAAGGGCCAAGAUUACAGUCACACCAACCAAGAAAGGCAAAAAGGAAAUAGAUGAAUCACAUCCAUGUUUCCCAUUCAAAUACCUAAAAAAUAAACCAGUCAGGGAUUUGAGAGGUGAUCAGUAUCUCAAGCUGUCUCUAGCUGAAGAUGAAGGGAUGUUAACUAUAUCAUUAUCUAUGGACUUUGACAACAGACCUGGGUAUCAAACAUACUUUGAUGAAGUAAAGCAACUUUAUCACAGAGAUGAGUUCAGCCUUCUUGUACAAGAGUGGAAUGCUCAGCGCUACCAGGCAUUAACUCGUGCCUUUACUAAAAUGUUGUACCCCUUUUUUGAGAAAGAAUUGAAGACGAAAUUACUAUUAGAAGCAAAACAAUUUGUUAUUAAGUGCUGUCAAAAACGRUUGCGUUCCUGGAUAGAUGUAGCUCCCUAUCAACCAGAACAACAACACGAAGACAAUAGUUAUGAUGAAGACACGAUUGGCGGUGAUGGGCUGCGUGUGCUAGCAUGUUCAUUUCUACCAGACCCUACAGUCCCAUCAUUCUUUGCAAUGCUGGAUGGAGGCGGGAAUGUAGUAGAUCAUCUUCGACUUAAGUAUCUUUUGGUUAGACGAAAUUCCUCAAAUACAAGAGAAAAGGAAAUGAAGGUUGAGGAUAUGGAAAAACUGAAAGAUUUUGUUCUUAAAAAACGCCCACAUGUCAUAGCAGUAGCAUCGACAUGUAGAGAGGCAACGUCAGUUAUGGAUGAUAUUAAGAUGUGUCUGUCCGAACUGGAGCAAGAGAAUCAGAUGACACCUAUUGGCGUAGAGCUGGUGGACUGUGAGGUAGCACGUAUUUACCAGUCUUCACCAAGGUCAGAGAAUGAGGUACGUGAGUACCCCCCUGUUCUACGCAAUGCCUUGUCUAUUGGCCGUCGACUGCAAGACCCUUUGGCUGAGUUUUCUAGUCUUUGUGUUGAGGAAGAUGAGAUGCUGUGUGUUAGAUUUCAUCCUCUCCAGGAUCAAAUCGACAAGGAGAAAUUAGUCAAAUCUCUUCACACUGAAUUGGUUACAGUUGUGAACGAUGUUGGUGUUGAUCCUAACAGACUUCUUGACCAUCCUCACACUGUAGCACUCUUGCAGUUUGUUUGUGGACUGGGACCCAGGAAGGCUUCGGCUCUACUUAAGUCUCUUCGUCAACAAGGGUCUCGACUAGAAAACCGAUCACAGCUUGUCACUAUUUGUAACCUUGGUCCUAAGAUUUUCCUGAAUUGUGCUGGUUUUAUCAAGAUCGAUACAGCAGCUAUCAGUGAUAUCAGCACUAACUACAUAGAAGUACUCGAUGGUUCAAGAGUACAUCCUGAGACGUACGAAUGGGCAAAACAGAUGGCUGUCGAUGCCUUAGAAUACGACGAGACUACAGAAGAGGCUAACCCUUCAGCAGCUUUAGAAGAAAUUCUAGACACGCCAGAUAGACUCAAGGACCUCGAUCUCGACGCCUUUGCUGUAGAAUUAGAGCGACAGAACUAUGGCAACAAGAAGAUAACACUGUACGACAUUCGUGACGAGCUGUUUGGUCGGUACCGGGAACGACGUGUUAUUUACAGAUCGCUGUCCAUUGAAGAGGUGUUCAGGCUGCUUACAGGAGAGACGUCCAAUAGCUUGUAUGUUGGUAAACUCGUUAUAUGUACAGUAACAGGCUUUGCAUUCCGUAAACCAGCCAGGGAAAUGAUCGACCAAGCCAACCCUGAAAGGAAUGACCAAACCGGUUUAUGGCAAUGUCCUUUCUGUUUAAAAAAUGAUUAUGCAGAACUUGGUGAUGUAUGGACACAUCUUGAUAAUGGUAGUUGUCCAGGUCAAGCUGUUGGUGUACGAGUACGUCAUGAUAGUGGUUUAUCAGGGUUUAUACCUACCAAGAUGAUAAGUGACAAGCAUGUCAAGUCACCGCAGGAACGGGUCAAGGUUGGCAUGACCCUUCAUGGACGGGUGACACGUAUCAAUAUGGAGCGAUUUCAAAUCGACUUGACUUGUAGGUCGUCAGAUCUUACCGACAAAGACAACAAGUUUAGUCUGCCUAAAGAUUUAUAUUACGACAAAGAUUCUGAAGACAAAGAUAAAAAAGAGGAAGAAUUGGUGAAAAAGAAAGCUAACAGACCAAAGUAUAUCAAACGUGUCAUCGUCCAUCCAGCAUUCCGCAACAUCUCAUUUAAAGAGGCUGAAAAARUACUGUCAGACAUGGAACAAGGAGAGUGUGUCGUGAGACCGAGUAGUAAGGGUUCAGACCAUUUAACAGUCACGUGGAAGGUAGAACAAGGCAUCUAUCAACACAUUGAUGUUCGGGAAGAAGGAAAAGAAAACGCUUUUAGCCUUGGACGGUCGUUAUGGAUUGAAAAUGAGGAAUUUGAAGAUUUGGAUGAAAUUAUCGCGCGGCACAUCCAACCAAUGGCGGCCUUGUCUCGUGAAGUUGUAGCCCACAAAUACCAUCGGUCAGCGGAGGGUGGUGUCAAACAGAAACUUGAAGAGAUAUUGAUAAUAGAAAAAAAGAAAGCAGUACAGAGAAUCCCUUACUAUAUCUCACUAUCUAAAGCCUACCCAGGGAAGUUUUUAUUAGGUUACAUGCCACGUAAUAAACCACGUAUAGAGAUGGUCAGUAUAACGCCUGAUGGAUUCAGAUACCGUAAUCGCGUCCACGGGACUUUGAAUGGACUUUUUCGAUGGUUCAAGGAACAUUUUAGAGACCCGAUACCAGGAUAUCGUAACACGCCAACAGCCAUGUCUGAAAGUAACACCCCUUACACCCCUGGUGCCACGCCCUCCGUCCACCCGUCAUCUUAUUCACAGUGGGGCAAUACGACAUCUGGUAAUAGUAGUCACAUCCCUGCUCAGUCUACCCUUACUCCUACAGCACCAGCAUAUAGAAGCAACCAACCACAGUUUGGUUAUUAUCAAACACAUCAAGACUCUAUGAACACAGCUGUACAAAACUAUCAGAGAACACAACAACGACAAGGCUACAGGACCUAACACCAAAACACUUGAUGGAAAUUGACAUGAAUUGUGCGAGUUUUUUGAAUGACAAGUGUGUACUGUUAUUCCAUUACAUGCGUCCUAGCUUUAGCGUUAUGCUGGCAGAUAUACAAUACAGUGAUCUAACAAUGUACGGGCAGCUUACACGAGAUUCUAGUAAUGUGUUGAUAGGUUACACCGUAUGACACAGCACCUUACAGAGCCUAUUAUAUCGACCACUUCCUAGAUUAUUAUUAUUAUUGAAACACGAAAACCACACCAUGACUGACUUGAAGGUUGGUCGUCUCUAUUAUGACUAUAUUAGCACGUUGUUGGCGUUCAGUUCGUGAUAUUUUAAUUUAUUGCUAAAAAUAUAGCUACAUUGUCCAUGUAGUUGUAUUACACAUCUUCACAAACCUCUGUCACAUUCUAAGCAAAGCAAACCCUAAACGAAGCCAUGUUGCGGGAUCAGUGAUAUUGGAAAGGAGACCGGGAUUGACUACUCGGGAAAAAACAACCAACAAAACGGAUUCCCAAUGUUACCCGCAUUUUCAAAACAUGUAGAUUUUGUGUGGUGUAUACUACAAGUUGUAUGUAAAAAAUCGAAUUGUUACAUCUUAAGUCAAGAAAUAAAAUAGAUUUUAUUAUA